AUGAAAUUUAUCGAUAUCGUACUUGCAUUGACCAUGUCCGUGACUGUCAGUGCAGCAGUGAUUGCAUCCGAGUCAACAACUCAAUCACUGCAUCUAUCAAAACGUAGUCCUGGCAAAGGCAUAAAACUACCGUUUCAAAAUAAUGGAUCCGACAUGAAAAAGCUUAUUGACAACGAAGACGAAGAUGAAGAUGAAGAUGAAGAUCACAGUGACAGUUCAGAAGACGAAACGGGCGAGGUUCAAAGUCAGUAUCUUCAGCUCAGGCAAAAGUAUGAAAAAUAUAAGCAGCUCGAAAAAAAAUCACCUUAUCUGGCAUCAAAACAUUUCGAUGGUUUACAAUCUGGAGCCACUUGGGUUCAUCUACCAAAAGAAAAACUAGAAGCUCUAUUACAUAAACCCGACUCUAGCCUGACACAAAAAGAGCGUGCACAAAAAGCCAAAUAUCAUAGUGAUCUUGAAAUAUAUGGUAGCUAUAGGGAAGUAAAAGAAAAAAGAGAGCAAGCCAAGCGUGAAUUGGAUGAUUUCAAAAAAGGGCACGGCAUUGAAUCAGAAAGCAAUUUGAAAAAGCUGACAUCAAAGUUUACCAAAAACUAG